UAUAGCAUUGUUUAAAUCUUAUUCACCGCGAAACAUUUGGCGCGAGUUUAUUUAAAAUAAUUAUAUUUUUUAAAUGUAAAGUUAUGACCAAAGUCGCCGUUUUAGGUGCCGGUAUUAACGGCUUAAGUUGUGCUGUAAAAAUAAAAGAAAAAUAUCCCAACGUCAAUGUAGUCAUUAUAGCAAAUGAUUUUACUCCUAAUACUACCGGUGACGGGUCAGGGGGCUUAUGGUAUCCAUAUCUGUGUGGGAGUACACCACAGCAACUCUUGAGUAAAUGGGGCGGUGAAACCUAUAAAUACCUGCAUAAGCUUUGGCUAAAAGGCGGCUACGAUGUUUCUCUUAUGCCGAUGCUCGAACUAUACAGACAGAAAAGAGAACUGCACGUAGAUGAGUGGGCUUCAUCCGUAUUCGGUUACCGGAUUCUCGAUAAACGUCAGUUAGAUUACUUGAGCGGGCUGUACUCUGUUAAAUAUGUAGUCGGUCGCACUUUUACAACUCUUGUUGUAUACCCACCAACUAUUCUCGCCGAUAUGUACAGACGAUUUCAACAAGCGAAAGGGAUUACAAUACAAUCUAAUAUCACCUCUUUGAGUGAUAUAAAACUAAAGGAUUAUAACGUAGUUAUUAACUGCAUGGGUCUUGGAUCAAGAGAUGCAGUUCCAGACCACAAAGUGAUACCAAUCAGAGGGCAAAUAUCACGAAUUUCCGCGCCUUGGAUAAACCAUACAGUUGUAGACGAAGAUACUGGCAACUAUAUUAUACCAAACGUAUACAACUGUGUUUUGGGUGGUACUCACCAGGAGAAUAAUUACAAUAGAGAUCUCGAUGAUAAUGACACUGAUUUCAUUUUAAACGGAUGUAUGGAAUUGAUGCCGGGAAUUAAACACGCAAAACUUAUUACUCAUUGGGUAGGUUUGCGACCGGGCAGGGAAAAAAUUAGACUUGAAUCGGAAGAAAAAGACGGUAAAUUCUACAUUCACAACUAUGGACAUGGUGGAAGUGGUUUAACUUUAUUUUGGGGCUGUGCGUCUGAAGUUCUUGAAAUAUUCGACAAUUACAUGAAAAGGAACAAGAAGAAACAAAAAUCAAAGCUCUAAAUAUAUUAUUUAUUAACAUUAAAAAAAUAUCCACUGUACAAAUACAAUAGUAAAAAUGUAAACAUUAAAUAAAAUUACAUAUUAGAAA